CGUAACCUAACCUAACCUAGGAGGGAGAGGAGAAGUGAAGUUGUAGCCAUCACUGUGGAGUAUGAUGGUUGAUGGUGUUGUGGGAAGGAUAAGUGGAGGUAACAAGAACACUCAGUCAGGUGGAUCAUUACCUCCUAAUGCUUCGUGGUGAAUAGAGGUGAAGGAGGAGGGGUUUAAUUUGGUGUUAGUCUGGACACACGGACGUAAAGCGAGAGAGAGAGAGAGAGAGAGAGAGAGAGAGAGAGAGAGACGAUGGUGUUCCGCCUACGAUGUACUCAAUUGAUCAUGUGAGUUAAGACAUAGACCCCAGACUGUAUAAACGAGAAGAUACUUUUAAAAAUAUUUCAAACUUAGAAUAAAAACUUUAUAAAUAACUAUUAAUACUAAAACAUAAAGAUUCAUUAAGUGACACAAAGAUAAGAUCGAAACGUUUAAAGAUAACAAAGAUAAGAUCGAAACGUUUAAAGAUAACAAAGAUAAGAUCGAAACGUUUAAAGAUAACAAAGACAAGAUCGAAACGUUUAAAGAUAACAAAGAUAAGAUCGAAACGUUUAAAGAUAACAAUAAACUCUCAGGCUGAUAGUGGCUCGGAGACAAGAUACGAAAUCGACUUAAGAGGAGAGCAGACUAUGAGACGUUGGCCGAAUGACAUUUAGAAAUGCCAUCAGUGAGAGGACGCACCUGGAGGCAACAUCAGCAGGAGCAGUAGUAGGAGGAGGAGGAAGAGCUGCAUCAGGGGCCCAACACCUCAACUAUAACCUGACGAAGGGGCUGUCAAUAAUCACCCGUCAUUCACGUCUCCUUCAGGUGCACCGGCAGCCUCCUGUCUCUUAUAUCAAGGCCAUCGAUGUGUUCAUGUCCUCGUGCACCGUGUUCGUCUUCUGCUCGCUGAUGGAGUACGCCCUCGUUAACGUCGUCCUCGGAGACGUUCCCGAGGACAAUAACAACAUCCGCAUAAUGAGGCCUCGAACACUCAUCCAGGUCCCUAAUCCACAGGAUUCGCCCAAGAAGAUGUCGGACUUCGAGGACUCGCCUGUCAGGACCAAGAAGACGGACACUUGUCAGCCAAUCACCGCCCUGCGUCGCUCUGCCACUGUCCAGCGACGAGCCAAUGGCAGGAAAAACUAUCUGUCAGAGUGAGCUGGAGACGAUCACGACUAUCACCUCGCCCGUGGCCUCCUGCCAAUGGCCUCUCGCCCCUAGAGAUGCUCGCCCCGGCAUCCUGCCCCGCCCACAUCUCCACCGCCUCCCACCUCACCAACUCCCAG